AUGAGUAGAACUUCAAUCGAUUCAUAUAGUUCGGAUCAAAGUAGUCCGUCUAUAAAUUCCUCUUUAUCACAGGAUCUGGAACAACAACCUCAACAAUAUAUUCCAGAUUCUACACAACCUCGUGCAAAUUUACAUUUAACACGUACAGAAACUGUAAAAUCGUUACAAGAAAUGGGUUUGAAUUCAGAUGCUGCUAUCCCAGAUGUAAACGCUCCUCAAACAACUAAAAAUGCAAUUUUCCCUGAAGAAUAUACUUUAGAGACUCCAACUGGGUUAGUACCCGUGGCGACAUUACAUUCCAUUGGUCGUACUUCUUCUCGUAUCUCAAGAACACGUACUAGACAAAUCGAUCGUGAAUCAGAUUCGGAAUCAAAAGCUGAAGAAGAAGAAGAGGAAGAAGAAACUUCAAAUGAUUUAGACCCAGAUAUCGAAUUCGUUACAUUUGUUACUGGUGACCCUGAAAAUCCUCAUAAUUGGCCCGUUUGGUUACGUUGGGUGUUUACAAUUUUAUUAUCAGGUUUGGUCGUUUGUGUGGCUUACGGUUCAGCUUGUAUUACCGGUGGUUUAGGUACUGUCGAAAAAAAAUUCCAUGUCUCACUUGAAGCUGCUAUUUUAAGUUGUUCUCUUAUGGUUAUUGGAUUUUCUUUAGGUCCAUUGAUUUGGUCUCCUGUCUCAGAUUUAUACGGUCGUCGUGUUGCUUAUUUUGUUUCAAUGGGUCUUUACGUUAUCUUUAAUAUUCCUUGCGCUUUAGCUCCAAAUCUAGGUGGUCUACUAGUUUGUAGAUUUCUUUGUGGUGUGUUUUCAUCAUCAGCUUUAUGUUUAGUUGGUGGUUCCAUCGCAGAUAUGUUCCCUGCAUCUACUCGUGGUAAAGCUAUUGCUGUUUUCGCUUGGGCUCCUUACGCUGGUCCAGUGUUAGGCCCUCUAGUGAAUGGUUUCAUCUCUGUAUCAACUGGUAGAAUGGAUUUAAUCUUUUGGGUUAAUAUGGCUUUCGCUGGUGUCAUGUGGAUCAUCACUGCAUUCAUUCCAGAAACUUACGCCCCUGUCAUCUUACAACGUCGUGCUAAGAGAUUAAGAAAGGAAACAGGUAACCCUAAGAUUAUGACUGAACAAGAAGCUCAAGGUGUCUCCUUGAAUGACAUGAUUACUGCCUGUGUCGUUAGACCAUUAGUAUUUUCAGUCACUGAACCAGUCUUGGUUGCUACAUGUUUCUACGUGUGUCUAAUUUACUCUCUAUUAUACGCUUUCUUCUUUGCUUUCCCAGUUGUCUUUGGUGAAUUAUAUGGUUACAAAGAUAAUUUGGUUGGGUUAAUGUUGGUUCCAAUUUUAAUUGGUGCUACCUUUGCUCUAGUUUUCACUCAAUGGUGUGAAAGUAAAUAUAUUAAGUUAAUCAGUGAACGUAAACCAACCCCUGAAGAUCGUUUGCUAGGUGCAAAGAUCGGUGCCCCUUUCGCUGCUAUUGGUUUAUGGUUAUUAGGUGCUUGUGCUGAAAAACACGUCAUUUGGGUCGGUCCAGCUUCUAGUGGUCUAGCCUUUGGUUUCGGUAUGGUGCUGAUUUAUUACUCAUUAAAUAACUAUAUUAUCGAUUGUUACGUUCAAUAUGCUUCCAGUGCUUUAGCUACAAAGGUCUUCUUAAGAUCUGCUGGUGGUGCUGCAUUCCCAUUAUUCACUACACAAAUGUAUCAUAAAUUGGGUCUACAUUGGGCUUCAUGGUUAUUAGCCUUUAUUUGUACUGCUAUGAUUGCUUUACCAUUUGGGUUUUCCAUGUGGGGUAAACAAUUAAGACAUAAACUUUCCAAGAAAGAUUAUUCUAUUGAUGCUGUUGGUAUUUAG